AAGUGAAAGCAACACUGCUGCAGCUCAUAUUCAUCCAUGCUGUAGCUCAAGAAAAACCGAUAAGUAACUACAGCUAACCGGCAAGUUUUAUUACCACACCCCGCUUGUAAGCAGAGGAAAACCCCGCUAGGACGAACAACAAGGAGAAUAAAAAGUUUAAAGAGUAAUGUCAGUAUUAAUAACGCGUUCAGAUAGUUUUGGGUACAGGUAGUCGCUUUUUCUGUCAUUUGUGUCGUGAAGAGGAGAACUGUGUCGCUUUUUCUCCGAGGAACCGAGAGCAGGUAACGUUUAAAAGCAGAGAUGCCUCAGAAACAGAGGUCCAAGUCCUGGACGGAGCUGAAACAAGCUGGAAAUGAAAGUUUCAAGACGGGCCAGUAUGGAGAGGCCAUCAAUAUCUACAGCCUGGCCAUCAAAGAGCUGGAGAAGUGCAAUAAAAAGGAGCCAGAGGAUUUGGGCAUUUUGUACUCAAACCGUGCAGCCAGCUAUCUAAAAGAUGGCAACUGUGCUGAGUGUGUGAAAGACUGCAAUAUGUCUCUGGAGCUGUUCCAAUUCAAUGUGAAGUCCCUGCUCCGUCGUGCUGCUGCCUACGAAGCUUUGGAGCGCUACAGGCUGGCCUACGUCGACUACAAGACGGCUCUGCAGAUCGACUGCAACAUCGCAGCGGCUCAUGACGGCACCAACAGGAUGACGAAGGCGCUCACAGAGGCAGACGGUCUGUCAUGGAGGGAAAAGCUUCCUCCCAUCCCCGCCGUUCCCAUGUCUGUCAGAGAAAAACUUGCUCAGAAAGCCCAAGCCAACGCAGCGCCACCAAACGCUGCACCCACACAGAACGGCACCCAACAAACCAGCAAACCUGCUCUCAGUGAUAAAGACGUGAAGAAAGCUCAGCUCCUGAAAGAAGAAGGCAACUCUCUGGUGAAGAAAGGCGAACACAAGAAGGCCAUCGAGAAGUACAGCCAGAGCCUCAAACUCAAUCCCACCGAGCCCACCACCUUCACCAACCGGGCGCUGUGUUACGUGUCGGUGAAGCAGUACAGAGACGCCAUCAGAGACUGUGACGAGGCUCUGAUGAUGGACAGCAGGAACAUCAAGGCGCUCUACAGGAAGUCUCAGGCCUACCUGGGGCUCAAGGACAUCCGAGCCUGCGAGGACAGCAUCAACGUGCUGCUCCGAGUGGAGCCCAACAACUGUGCUGCCAUGAAGCUGCUGGAGGAGGCGCACAGGAAGUGAGGAGCGUCAGGGGGGGGGCGGAGGGGCGGUAAGAGUCGCUCACUGCACUGCGUCCACAACCAAGAGGAAGCAAAGUCACUCUAGUUUCAGAAUAAGAGCCCGGAAAACAGCCGUGCAGCGACACGAUUCAGCCGCUUUAAGUCAAAGACUCGACCUGCGUUUCCCACAAAGCCUCACUCACAUCGAGCACACGUUUGAUCUGUUUACUGUCUUUGGAACAAACGCGGUUUCAGUGUCACUGAGUAUUUAUGGUUAUUUAAACGAGCUGGAAUGAUUGCAUUAUAAUUCUAAAUCAGAAUAAACCUUUACCGACAUGAUUUGUUAAAGUGGAGCUCCUGCUUAAUGCAGAAACUUAAAUGUGAAAAGUCCACUUGUAUGACUUCUUACAUUUAGGUCACAUGAUCCCAGUUCCUUUUGCUGAUGUCUGAGGCAUAAAAAUGAGUUAAUAAGUUUCCAUUAACCGAAAAAGCUUUUUUUGCCAGGACAUCAAAUGCAGCUGGUUAGGUUCCAGGUAGGAGGGGGUGAGAAUAAAUACCAUCUUAUUCUGGUAUUUAUUACUUUAUAUAUUGUGAUGCAGUAAGGGUUAGGACAUCCAAUGUACAAAGGUGUGAAACAAUCACAGAGCCAAAAGUAAUGAGACGAAGUAAAAAACACAUUGGAAACAGUUGGACCCAUUGUCUCUCAGUAUAAACACCGGGCUUUUUUCAUGAAAUAAACUCCAUAUUGAAGCCCACUUUAGAAAAUGUGGUGAUCAGUAAAGGUUUACUCUGUUUAAAUUCAAAGUUACGAACAUCUUUUUCCCACAGAAUGUUCUUCACAACGCAGGAUGAAUAAAGUACCUGAGGCUUGUGAGUGUGUGUUUCUCAGUGGAAUGAUUGCAGAGAUUCUUCAUGUUAGGGUUUAAAAUACUUUGCCUUGGCAUUAUAGCAUGUUUUAUUACCUUUAACACCACACUUCAGCAUCCGUUUUUGCUCCUCAUGUACUUCUGGAUUAUUCUGGCAAAUUGACUUGAACUCUACUUAAUCAAACUGUUAAUAACGAUAACCUCGAUUUCACUUAAAGGCAACAUAACAUAUUUUUUACAUGAGUUUUGAAGCUUUGCCAUUAAGUUUCAUCGGCCCACACCUUAUCUCCCGUCUCAUUUUAGACUUCCGAGAGUCAUCUGAGUCACUCCACUGAGUAAUUGUUUGUUUUUUUGUUCAGAGCCUCAGUUUGUUCCUCAUUUGAAAGACAACAAUGUGAACCAAGUAAAACGGUCCUGAGGGGUCAUUUUAUAAAAGUACUAUCCAUAUCGUUCCUCCGAUUGUUUUAUUGUGAAAAAUAAAGGUGAAAUGUCUCAUGGGUGAUCCUGCUGUAGCUCGGCAAACUCCAUCUUGCCUGAAGUGCCUGUCUCAUCCUCCGUCUGCUCUGCGCCACUCUCUGCUGACACGUUAGUAAGAAAGAACACCUCCAGUUAGCGUAGAGAAGGUUUGUGAAACGCAUCUAACUUACUUCUGUCUGCAGAGUGACCGCAGCCCCACUCUGUGUGAUCUGAGCUCCUUUUGUUUUAUCACAUUUAGCUGUUUUGGUAAAUUGCAAUUUCUGUCAGCCUGCUUCUGUUUUAACGUCAAAUAAACGUAAGGAAUAAACACAC